AUGCAAGGCCGAUCAUACGAAGAGACAAGUACAAACUCCAUCGGGGGGAAAGAAAAAUAUAUAUCAAAGGUCAUGGACUCAAGGCGUUCGCGGCGAGUUGUUCCCACAAAUCCACGAUCGUUACCAGGUUCUCUACCAGAUACAUGCCUUUCGAAAUUAGAUCGAGUCUCCCGAUAUUACGUUGAUUACUAUAAUGAACGCAUUUGCAAGCUUUUUAUUGUAUACGACAGCGAUAAGAAUCCAUUUCGGAGUCUCAUUGCUUUUGGCUUUGAAGAUCCUGUAUUAAUGAAGGCACUUCUUGCACUUGCGGCUCGACAUCAUGUCAACACAUGCCAAUCAUUCUAUCAGCCUGGAGUACUCCAGUCGUCUGGAAUCAUUAAUGCAAAUCAGGAUGCGCUAGCAUUCAAACACCACGCUAUACAAGCUGUGUCCCAUUACUUAGGUGAUAUUGAAUCACCAAAGCGUGAUACUAUAAUAGCCAGCAUUUUUCUUUUGAUUUUUCUAGAUCUAUUAGAGUGUUGUUGUCGCAGGAUUGAGGUUCUUGGGGCAACCUUCUUACGCCCCAAGUUAUUAUCCGAGCUCUCACCAUUUGAUCAACAGGAGUUGCAGCUUCAAGAAAAGAUUGAAACUUAUUUUUCGGAUGUCCGGAAUACAUAUUAA